AUGAUCAUCAAGCCUCUUCUGUCGUUGGUUGGCCUCACAGCACCUACCAAGAACCUCUGGGCAAACACGACAAAUGUCUUCAUUGGAGACUAUCAAAAUAUCGGCUUCUCAAGCCAACAGCUUUUGGACAACAAGAUUGUGCAAAGUCAGACAAGCACAGCAGAAGGCGGCCCAAAUUGGCUUGAGCAUCUUACUGGCUGUGGUGUCGAUACUGGCACAACCUCGCCAUUAGACUGUAACAUUCAACUAUGGGACUUUGCUUUUGCAGGUGCAGAUAUUGGAACGAAAUACACACCUAGACACAAAUAUUUUACAGUGCCGCUCGUGAACCAGACUCAGCAAUUUCUUACAUACGCCCAACCAGCUCUCUCAAAUAUCACCACUCCAGAGUCAACUCUUGCAUCCUUCUGGAUUGGCACUAACGAUAUCUUCGACACCGCCACCUCGACUGUGCCCUUCAAGACUCUCUACACCAACAUGAUUGCAACUCUCUUUGCAUCAAUGCAAACCAUCCACGACGCAGGCUACCGCAACUUCCUAAUCAUGAACCUCGCACCCCUGGACAAAACCCCCAAGAACGUCUUGAAGCGCCACCCACUACCAAACACAAACAUGGUAAAUCAAUUCAACUCCAUCCUCGCCUCUCAAGCCUCCAAAUUUCAGCAACAGAAUCCAGACUCGAAUGUCGCACUCUUCGACACAAACACUUUUUUGAACGGUGUGUUGAAGAAUCCUGCACCUUAUGCCUAUGGAGGAGUACUUUUGGUUUAA